CGCCCCCGCCCCUCCGGGUCCUGCCUUCCCUCCCCCCGGCGCCCCCAUCUCGGGGCCCGAGCCCGCUUACGGGGCCUGGUCUUUGUGCCUAGCUCCGGGCCCUGCCCCCCCCGCGGGUCCUGGCCGCGCCUCGGUCCUCUGCUCCUCCUGGCUGUCGGCUCCUCAGUCCUCUCUGGGCUUCCUCGUCUCCCGCCCGACGGGCCGGCGGCGGCAGCCGGGAAAUGGUCCGGGCCUAGCGGAGCAGCGAACGGAGGUGAGGGGUUAUAUUCCUGCAGAUGAUUUGGCUGGACCCAAAGCUGAUGUAUACUGGUUCAUGUCUUGUGCUACAAAAAUAUAAGGCGGUUCAAAAGUCAAAACGGCUUACUGCGGACUUUAUGAAAAGCGAACUCCUUUCCUAACCGCAAUGCCACAGGAUUCAUAGCAGGAACCUAGAAACAAGAGCAAAGCUGAGGUCUAACUACGAUAGAGGAUGGACACCAAAGAAGCUGUGUUGGGGACAAAAACAAAGCAAAAUAAGCAACAUGAACCGUGAAGACCGGAAUGUGCUGCGUAUGAAAGAAAGGGAAAGGCGAAAUCAAGAAAUUCAACAGGGCGAAGAAGUCUUUCCACCUAACUCUCCUCUCUUUGCUGAACCAUAUAAAGUUACCAGCAAAGAAGAUCAACUGUCUAACCGUAUUCAGAGCAUGCUUGGAAAUUACGAUGAAAUGAAGGAUCUUAUAGGAGACAGAUCUCUACAAAAGCUUGUUGGUAUUCCCAAACCAACAGUGCCAUCAACGCCAGAUGAAAAAUCAAACCAAAGUUUCUUUGGUGAACAGAGACACAGUACCAGCUCUCAUCAGAGCAGCAAAUGGACUCCUGUAGGACCAGCACCUAGCACUUCCUCCCAAUCGCAGAAACGGUCCUCAGGUUUACAAACAGGGCACAGUAGUCAGCGGAGCAGUGGCAAUAACACUAGCAGCAGUGGCCAGAGGCAUGACCGUGACUCGUAUGGUGGUAGUAGCAGCAGCCGCAAAAAAAGCCAGCAUGGAUCAGAACACUCUAAAUCCCGUUCUUCCAGCCCUGGAAAACCACCUGCUGUUUCUUCAUUGAGCUCCAGCCAUUCCAGGUCUCAUGGAAGUGAUCAUCAUAGCAAGGAACAUCAGCGCUCAAAAUCUCCACGGGAUCCUGAUGCCAACUGGGACUCACCUUCUCGCAUACCUUCAUUUUCAAGUGGACAGCACUCUAACCAGUCUUUUCCUCCUUCACUAAUGUCCAAGUCCAAUUCAAUGUUGCAGAAGCCCACUGCCUAUGUAAGGCCCAUGGAUGGACAGGAGUCUAUGGAGCCAAAGUUGUCCUCUGAACACUACAGUAGUCAAACUCAUAGCAACAGCAUGAGUGAGCUGAAGCCUAGCAGCAAAGCACAUCUAACUAAGCUUAAAAUACCUUCUCAACCACUGGAUGCAUCAGCAUCUGGUGACGUGACCUGUGUGGAUGAAAUUCUAAAAGAGAUGACCCACUCUUGGCCUCCACCUCUGACAGCUAUUCAUACACCAUGUAAAACAGAGCCAUCAAAAUUUCCUUUUCCAACUAAGGAGUCUCAACAGUCCACUUUUGGCACUGGAGAGCAGAAAAGAUACAAUCCCUCAUCGAAAACGUCCAAUGGCCAUCAAUCGAAAUCAUGUGAAUCAAACCAAACAGAUAUGUUGAAAGAUGACUUAAAACUCAGCAGCAGUGAAGACAGUGAUGGUGAACAGGAUUCUGAUAAGAUAGUGCCAAGGAGUACACCUGGAAGUAAUUCUGAACCUUCACAACAUAAUAGUGAAGGAGCAGAUAAUUCUAGGGAUGACUCAAGCAGCCAUAGUGGAUCUGAAAGCAGUUCUGGAUCUGACUCUGAAAGUGAAAGUAGUUCCAGUGACAGUGAGGCUAAUGAGCCAUCCCAGAGUGCAUCUCCAGAGCCUGAGCCGCCACCAACAAACAAAUGGCAACUUGACAACUGGUUGAACAAAGUGAAUCCACAUAAAGUGUCACCAGCUUCUUCUGUGGACAGUAAUAUCCCAUCUUCACAAGGCUACAAAAAAGAUGGCCGAGAUCAGAGCUCUGGGAAUGGGUAUACAGAUCAAAGUGGGUCUAAGGAAUCCAUUUCCUCCACUCCUGGGCGAGAUUCCAAAACCACCCAAAAAGGAUCAGAGAGCAGUCGUGGCAGGCAGAAGUCACCUGCACAGAGUGAUAGCACGAUACAGAGGAGGACUGUUGGUAAAAAGCAGCCCAAGAAGGCAGACAAGACAGCUAUUGAAGAGCCCAGAGGAGGGCUUAAAAUAGAAAGUGAGACCCCAGUAGACAUUGCAACAAGUAUGCCCUCAAACAGGCAUAAGGCAGCCACAAAGGGCUCUAGAAAACCCAACAUAAAGAAGGAGCCCAAAUCUUCCCCUCGGCCUACAGCAGAGAAAAAGAAAUAUAAGGCUUCAAGCAAACCUUCCCAGAAAUCCAGGGAAUUCAUAGAAACAGAUACUUCCUCCUCUGAUUCUGAUGAAAAUGAGAGCCUGCCUCCUUCAUCACAAACCCCCAAAUACUCUGAGAGCAAUAGGACUCCUGUUAAAUCUUCCAUGGAGGAGGAUGACAGCUUUUUUCGGCAAAGGAUGUUCUCUCCUAUGGAAGAGAAGGAACUUCUUUCACCACUCAGUGAUCCAGAUGAACGGUAUCCACUUAUUGUGAAGAUCGACCUGAGCCUCUUAUCAAGAAUACCAGGGAAGCCUUACAAAGAUGCAGACCCACCCAAAGUGGAGAAGAAAAAUGUGCCAGAGAAGCAUACAAGAGAGUCCCAAAAACCAGCCUCAGACAAAAAUUCCACCAAGGGCAAAAGGAAGCAUAAGAAUGAUGAUGAAAACAGAGCUGGUGAAGGCAAGAAAACUAAACUGGAAGAAAAGUCUUCGUCAGGCCACAAGGCCUCCGGCAAUAGAGAGUCUUCAAAGCAGAGUGCAGGUAAAGAGAAGGAUCUGCUCCCUUCUCCUGUGGCCCCUGUCCUUCAGAAAGAUCCCAAGCAAGAUCAUGGGUCCCGCAAGAGAACAGUCAGUCAAUCUUCUUCCUUAAAAUCAAGCAGCAACAGUAAUAAGGAGAGUAGCAGCAGCAGUAAAAGUAACUCAUCUGCCAAACAAAAAAAGACUGAAGGGAAGGCUUCUAGCAGUGCCAGGGAAGUCAAGGAAAAGGUUCUAAACAGUUCAUCAAACUGCCCUCCUGCAUCUAUCCCAGCUACAGACAGCUCAAAGUCCCGAAGAGCAAAGCUUGUCUUUGAUGACAGGAUAUACUCGGCUGAUCAUUAUUUACAGGAAGCAAAGAAGUUAAAGCACAAUGCAGAUGCAUUGUCUGACAGGUUUGAGAAAGCUGUUUUCUAUCUUGAUGCUGUAGUGUCUUUCAUCGAAUGUGGGAAUGCAUUGGAGAAAAAUGCUCAGGAAUCCAAGUCCCCGUUCCCUAUGUAUUCAGAAACUGUGGAAUUAAUCAAAUACACUAUGAAACUGAAAAAUUAUUUGGCACCAGAUGCUACAGCUGCAGAUAAAAGGCUAGCAGUGCUUUGUCUUCGGUGCCAGUCCCUGUUAUAUCUAAGGCUUUUCAAGCUGAAGAAGGAGAGUGCAUUGAAAUACUCUAAAACACUGACAGAACAUCUAAAGAAUUCCUAUAAUAACUCUCAAGCACCGUCACCUGGCAUGGGAAGCAAACCUGUUGGUAUGCCAUCUCCGGUCUCUCCGAAGCUGUCUCCAGGAAAUUCAGGGAAUUACUCUUCGGGGGCAACCAACCCUUCAGGGAGCAGUUCUUCUGUUACUAUUCCACAGAGAAUCCACCAGAUGGCAGCCAGCUAUGUCCAGGUUACAUCCAACUUUCUCUAUGCCACUGAAAUUUGGGACCAAGCUGAACAACUUUCUAAAGAGCAAAGAGAGUUCUUUGCUGAACUGGAUAAAGUUAUGGGUCCUCUGAUCUUUAAUUCAAGCAUCAUGACAGACCUAGUGCGUUACACCCGACAGGGAUUACAUUGGUUGCGUCUGGAUGCUAAGUGAUAUCUUGAACUGAAGGAAUCAAAAGUAGAACACACUUUUCUUGCUGCCUCUGAUUUUCUCCACAACACUGUGUCAUGUCAAUAAGGAAGACUGCCAUAACACAUUGCUUAGUUGACACUAAAAGCAAGGAAUGCUUUCACGUCUCCCAUCUUCUUCUGUGUGUUUAACCCCAAACCACAUCAUGUUAAUGGACUUUUUCAGUAUUCUCAUUUUUAAGUUAUUUAAAUAUUUUAAAAUUGGCUACAUAUUAAGAUAUGGCUUCUCUGCCCUGUAGUGGGAUUGGAAUUCCAGUCAAUAAUACAUAACUAAUCAGUUUUAAAUCCUAUUUAUUUUCAUUUGUUUUUUAAAAAUUUUUACGAAGCCCAGUUAUGGGCUCUUUUAAGACUUAGCUAUUUCUUCCUAUAAACUUACCCUAUCAAGUACUUAGCAGAGAUUAAAUGUAGACACUUUAUUUAAGUACUGCGUGAGCUUGUUACUCUGUAAUGUCUUGUGGUGGUAGAGCUUGUAAAACAAAAUAAGGGUUGAUAGGUUCUAAAGUGUAGGGACACCAAGUUUUUCAUGCCUAAUGCCGAUGACUCAAAUCUUAAAUAAGUACAGUUUUUUUAUUACAGAAUUUGUACUAAAUUUUAAGAAAAGUUCCAGAGAUAUUCUUCUACACAUUAAGAUAUUUCAUUUAAAUGAAAAUAUAAGAGAUGUAUAUGGAAAGAGAUUUAGUUAUGUCUAACUUGGGUUGUUUUUUUUUUCAAGACAAUUUCAGAAAACUUGAUUAACACUAUAGCAAACACAAAACAUUACAGUAAACUUUGCAUUUAAUGCAAUAUGGAAGUGGUGUGAGAAUGAGCUUCAGUCUCUGAUAGGUGCAUACUGGAAACGUUUCAUAAAUGGACAAUCUUGUGCUUUUUUAAUCUCUCUUCAUUUAAAAUAGGUUUUGUCUCCUUGUUUGUCAUUAUUUGACCCUUACUGAAACAGCCAACUUAACAGUUGAAAGAACAGAUAAAUAAUUCCUAUUAGAGCUGUUUGUAUCAUUUCCAUUGACUGGGAAACCAAAAAUCAUAAAAAGCGAUCUAAGAUUAUCUUUUCCUUUUGGGUCUGCUAAUUGAUGGACACUAUCACGUGAUAAUGGCCAUUGUGGGGUGCAGAGCACAUCUUUCACAGUGAUAUUGUGAAACUGUUCUGAUAUAGAAUUUAUUUAAAACGUCUGUUUACCCCCAUGUUCAUGGAGGCCCCUGUUAAUGUUAGAUGUUUUAGAGGAGCAGAAUAUUCACUUUAGAAGUAUGUUGGUGCAACAAGAAUCCUGCAUUGAGUUCCAAGUGGCUGCUUUUAAGAAGUUGUAAUCCAAAGUACCUUUCCACAUAAGGUUAUUAUCUGAGGAAAAGGUUAAAAAUUAUAUUCCUUUCAAUAUUGCUUAGUGCCCCUAUCAUGUCUGGUGUGCCUUAUGCCUUACUUUUAGAUGAAGAAUUUAUGAACUGUUUACAAGAUGAAGUUUUACAGCAGGACCAUGUAUACUGUAUGGAGUUGGUCUUCUGCAGUACUUUUGGUAAAAUUCCAUUUCUUUUUCAUCAGUCCUAGAGUGUGUCAUAGAAACUGACUUCCUGUUACAGUGGUCUCCUUUUAAAGAGUCAAACUCUGAACCCAUUAGAGUGGUAUUGUGGAAUGCUGCUUUGUUUUUAUCUCCCAUUGCCCCCCCUUAUCCUGUACCAGAUGUGAAUGUGCAUGUUCAGGAAAAUUAUUGCACUAAAUUUGUGUGUCGUUGUAGUUAAGUGCCAAAAUGGUGGCAACCUCAAAAGAAGGAAUAGAAUUCUACGCUAUUUAGUACUGCAGUAUGUCCUAUGGGCUUUAAGAGUUAAGAAGUUUUGCAAGUUAGUAACUUCACUAAACUGUAGCUGCAUAUUCAUAGAGCUUCCUUUGUGUUCCAACAUUAUUUGUACUUCCAGAAACGUUUGCUACAUGCAAAUAGAGACAGUUAAUCAACCUAUAACUUUCCCCAUUAUAUUCAGCCUACAUUCAGGUCUGUUUGAUAACCUUGUUUAUUUGAAUCACUAUGUAAGUUAGUUUCUCUGUGUUUGGUGUUAGAGAUGGAACUUUCUCUACUGUCAAACUUUGUAUCUUGGUUAAUGGGACACUGUCAACUAUUUUUCCUUUAAUACUCUAAAGUGCCUAGCACACUUUUGAUGCUAUAUAAAAAUACCUUCAUAGAAGCUGCAUUGUUUGUAUUUUAUUUUUUUGUAUAGGGCUGCAGUAGCCAGCAUGGCUGUUUCUAGCUUGCUCCGUUAUGUGCACCGUUACCAUUGCUGUAUGGGAAUAUUGUUUUUUUUCUUAACUAGAAUCUCACCAGUAUCUUUGGGUGGUACAUUUUUCAAGAGACCAGUUUAGUGUAUCCUUCAGUUUCAGACCAAUGGAUUCUAAAUGUCUAAAAAAUCUAGAAGACUCUUUACAGUCUCUCAAAAUGGGGACCUGAACUGACAGAGUCCUGCCUCAAUAGUAUACAUUCUGGUGAAAUCCUUCUGGAAUAUUGUCCCAGGUUUUUAUCUAUGUAAGACACAUAUAUGCAAUGGUCUUGUUAAAAACAAACUCACUCCUCCCUCAACUUAGGCCAUUUCAAAUGGAUUAAACUCAGUUUGACAAUUCCAAAAGCAUAUCUAACUUGAGAUUUACCCAUUGCUUCAGAGAGAGAAUUUUAUUUUGCCUGAUAGAGUAGUUAAAACAAAGUGAAAACAGUUCAUAAGCAUCCAUCUCUCUGCCAAAAUGCAAGCUAACAAAACCUGUUCUUUUUUAACCUUUAAAUGCAAUGUGGGAAAUACAUGUCAUUUGAGUGCUAAUGCAAGUUGCACUAGUGUUUUACCAUGAGGGAAUCCUUAACUCCUGGUACUAAGGGUUCCCUGUAUGAUUAUAUUUUUAACACAUAUCAGUGUUGUAGUUUUUAUUCAUCCCUCCACAUUCUUCCCUCCCCCCCCAGUGGUGAACCUUUUUUUAAAAUAAAAAAAGGUUUACUAAUCAGACUAGGCUUGCUCAGACAUGAACAUUAUUUUGAAUUUGCUGUCAAAUUUUCAGGUUCCGAAAUGACAAGUUGCAUCAUUUAUAAUUUAUAAAUGAGCCUUCAGGACACCGGAACAAAAUAGCCUAUGAGUUAUUUUGAUUUGAAAUAUUAACCGUAAAACAGAGCACAUUGGAAGGCUCUUUAUUUGUCUUUUGACGGCAGUAUGCAAUUUGGUGUGUGUGUGUGUGUGUGUAGACCUCAGUCUGUCCAAAGUAUGUUAUACUUGUUUUUAGAUUAUAGUGCAACUGAUUAUAUUGAUAAUUAUUUAUUAAACUGAGUGCUGAAUCACCAUCUUACUGGUGAGGAAUCUUGAUAUUAUACAGGAGUGCAAUGUAUAUUCUUUUAGAUUGCUGAGGCUUGAUUGCUGUGAUUUAAAAAAAAAAAAAAAAGACACCCUAAAAUGUAUUUAUGAAUGAC